CUUUUUCCGAAGCAUGUAAACGGUGUACAUACCAGCAUUAGCGCAUUUUCAAGGCACAGACAGCUAAUUGUGGCAACUCCACAAAUCACAAGAAUAAAAAGACGACACUAUCCCUGGCAAUGUUAAACCGGUGUGACUUUGCAGACGGUCCCUAAGCAGAUGGGCGCUCCCCUUGCUUCUUGGCGCUGAUGCAGACAGCCAGAAGCAUCUAGCCGGACGUAGCCUACACUACAGAAGGUAUUGAAAAGUGAUGCUUUGACAGUGUCCAGGCUUUGCUGAGACCCAGGCCAUUGUCAUGACGGCGCAUUCUGAUUUAUUGGGCACAGUGAAGCCCAUGUUUGAGUCCUUGGAGUUGGACGUCCUGGGUGUUCUGAGCUCUGCCGCUGAGGAAAACAGCACAGUGGAUAAGUGUUACCACUCACACUCACGCAGCAGUGUCCUGCAGGGACUGCCCUUUGGAGGAGUUCCUACUGUCUUCACCAUCAACCUCGUCCUCUGGCUGUUCCUGUUGCUGGUUUUCUCCUGUCUGAGGAAGGCUGCAUGGGACUACGGGCGUCUGGCUCUGCUAAUGGAGAAUGACAGCUUAACAUCACUUUUCUAUGGAGAACAAAGUGAGAAAGAGAAGUCUCCUUCUGAAUCCAGCCCCUCAGACUCUGAGACCAAAGACAUGGGCUUCUGCUCCUGGCUCUUGUCUCUCUACCACAUGAAGGAUGAGGAGAUCCGCAGUAAGUGUGGACCCGAUGCAGUUACAUACCUGGCCUUCCAGCGCCACAUUAUUCUGCUGAUGGCAGUGGUGUGUCUGCUCUCGCUCACCAUCAUCCUGCCUGUCAACCUCUCCGGCAGCCUGCUUGAUGACAACCCUCAAAAUUUUGGUCGGACGACUGUGGCAAAUGUUCCAGCACAGAACAGUUUUCUGUGGUUGCACAGCAUCUUCGCGCUUCUGUACUUUGUGAUUACAGUACUGUGUAUGGCCCACCACUCCUCACGAUUGGAAUACAAGGAGGAUGAGAAGGUUGCCAGAACUCUAAUGAUCACCAACAUUCCCAGAGAGAUAUCUGACCCGGGCCUGAUCACCAAACAUCUUCAUGAGGCCUACCCCAGCUGCACGGUCACAGACAUCUGCUUCUGUUUCGACGUACAAAAGUUAAUGAAGCUUGACUCAGAGAGGCGAAAAGCAAUGAAGGGGAGGAUGUAUUUUACUACCAAGUCUCAGAAGGAGGGAAGGAUCAUGAUAAAGACUCACCCCUGUGCUCAGAUCCUCUGCUGUGAUAUGUGUGGCUUUGAGCAGGUUGAUGCAGAACAGUACUAUAGUGAAUUAGAGGAGAAGCUUACAGAUGAGUUUAAUGCAGAGAAGAAUCGUAUCACCAUGAAGAGACUGGGCAUUGCCUUUGUCACCUUCAGAGAUGAGAGGAUGACUGCAGUCAUCGUGAAGGACUACAGUAGGACACGUUGCCGUCGGAGACUGCAGCAGUCCAGUAUCACUACAGUAGUGCGCUCCCACCAGUGGGGCGUCCGCUAUGCCCCCGCUCCCAGUGACAUUAUCUGGGAGAAUCUGUCAGUCUGUGGCUCUCGCUGGUGGCUCCGCUGCGUCCUCCUCAACAUCUUCCUCUUCCUCCUUCUCUUCUUCCUCACCACUCCUGCAAUCAUCGUCAACACUAUGGAUAAGUUUAACGUCACUCGCCCAGUUGAAAGUCUGCAGAAUCCAGUGAUCACGCAGUUCUUCCCCACCCUGCUCCUGUGGGCUUUCUCUGUGCUGCUGCCCUUCAUCGUCUAUUACUCUGCCUUCUUCGAGUGUCACUGGACAAAGUCCAGCGAGAAUCAGACCACCAUGCACAAAUGUUUUCUACUGCUGAUCUUCAUGGUCAUCAUUCUACCUUCUCUCGGUCUAUCCAGUUUGGAUUUUUUCUUCAGGUGGCUCUUCGACAUUCACUUCAUGGAUGCUAAAGAUGUGAAGUUCCAAUGUGUGUUCUUGCCUGAUAAUGGAGCAUUUUUUGUGAACUACGUCAUCACGUCCAGCCUGAUUGGCACAGCAAUGGAAUUGCUGCGGAUUCCUGCACUGCUGGUGUACUCGCUGCGCCUUUGCUUUGCUAAGUCAAAGGCUGAACGUAUUCAUGUUAAACGAAGUCAGGCCUAUGAGUUCCAGUUUGGGUUAGAAUAUGCCUGGACCAUGUGCAUCUUUUCCAUGAGUAUGACCUACAGCAUUACCUGCCCUGUCAUUGUACCGUUUGGGUUGUUGUAUCUAAUUCUGAAGCACAUGGUGGACCGCUAUAACAUCUACUACGCCUACAUCCCCACCAAGCUCAGCCAGCGCAUCCACUCAGCUGCUAUCAGUCAGGUGCUGGUGGCGCCCAUACUCUGCAUGUUCUGGCUGCUCUUCUUCUCCGUGCUGAGAUUUGGUCCAAUGCAACCAAUCACUCUCUUCACAUUCGUAUCUUUACUUUUCUGCAUCGUCUUCGCCUUCUUUGGCCUCUGUCUGAAAAAACUGCAGCCUGACAGACUGACAAGCUAUCAGAUGUCUGACCAAACAACAGAAGGAGCCUACAGUGAUACAGAGAGAAGCACUGCGUCCACCACAACCACUGCUAAUCUCUUUAUAGCAUCGGUUCUGCUGGAGCCCGAGCUGGGUCUGACCCCCAUGCCCUCUCCUGCCCACCAGAGUUAUGGCACUAUGGGGAACAGCCAAGGUCCAGGCCAUGAGGAUGAGGGAGAAACAGAGAAGAACCUGGAGGAAACACUGGAGACUGAGCUCCAGGGUGCCCUCCCAGACCCCUGCUGCUCCAGCCCACUCAUGGACAGCCCCGUGGACUACCAGUAAUGGGCCUAUAGCCAGCGCUCCCACCAAAACCUGAAGCCCCAAUGCCUCACCUUAGCUAGAGGCUGACACAGAGGCACUAUGCUGCAUUUUCUUUUUUCUCAAAAACCUCCAUUUAAGAAGUGAAUCUGGCACAGUGAGAGGUUUGUGUAGCCUCUCUUGGUGUUUGCUUUCUUCCCUGCCUUCUGUCUUCUCCUUUUCUUUUCUGUUUUCCUUGGGUUUGCAUUGCGGCUGCCGGUGUCUGGCACUUUGGCCGACAGAAGCGUGGAAAACUGGACCUUGUGCUUUGGAGGAGUAUUUCUUCAGUCUUGUUGAGGUCAUGUCCUUGCUCUGUGUGUUUUUUUUUCUAUGCUCUUGCAGUGUGGCUCCCACAAACUUGAGACAGUGGACUUCUGUUAUGGUCAGGAUGUCAGUAAAACUGGAUGAGACUGGACAAUGGAAUGAAUGUAGUUGGAUCUGUUAAUAGCUAUCAUUCAUCUUGCUGUUCCUAGUAUAAUAUAAGGCUGUUGAUGUCUUUUUUUACUUGCUACUUGGAUUUUAUGUAACAGUGUAACAUUUUUAUCGAGGGAGUAUUGUGCUUUACUACUGUUAUUAUUAUUAUUAUUAUUAUUAUUAUUAUUAUUUUAAAUAUGUAACCAGGUGAUUCUGAGUAUGCUUGUAAUCAUUGAUUCAUAGGGGGUAUUUUUCUUUCUCUUUUGUUGCAGCAAGUGAGGGUGCAUAAACCAUCCAUUGGUCAUUGACCCAAACACCUCACAUAUGGUAGUAAUCACAAUUUUUUUUUCUGUUUACUCAUUAGAAAUUAUACUACACCCCUUUUUCUUUUCCAAUACCAGUACCGAUUUUUAAAUAUUGAGUGUCGGCGAAUACUUAAAACAAUUCGACAUUUAUUCCUUAAAAACAAUUUAGCUUAAAAAUAAGCUAUUUUAAUCAAAAUGCUUCACUUAAAAUGAGCAUCUAAAAGUAGACUAUCAUGCUUAGACUACUCAAACACUCUACUACCCCACAAGAAGAAUUACAUAGCUAACAACAUCAUAUCAAACAAUGUUAGUUGAGCUAUUUCAGACUAGAUUUUCAGAAUAGAUUUGUUACAGGAUUGGAUUAAUUGUUUUUUCUGUAAAUUGUCCAGUCCAGUGUUUCUGCUGAUAUCUGCCUGACACUGAUUCCCACUGAUUAGGGCUGGACGCUUUUUGGCAGAAUAUCUAAUUAUAAUACAGUGACUGAGUUUUGAAUUAAAUUAUCUUGUAUAUAAUGUUUUUUUGGGCCAAAAAGACUAGAAUAUCCACUAUUGAGGCUUGACUGCCAGUUAGUUGUGGUUGUAUGGUCGCAUACACAGCACAUGGAUGUUGGAUGCCUCUGAUUUGUCUAGUUCAUCAACAGGUAGUUCACAAGUUGUGUGCUAUUGGGUUAAAUUCCCCCAUGAAAAUUUUUUAAGACAGGAGUGCUUUUUAAAAAUUUUUAUUCUUUUAAAUAUGAUUUUAAUAUAAUAACAUUUAAUCUUUCAGCCCUACCGUCAAUACAGUAUGCCAUAUCUAGUACUCAAACAUUGGUUACCCAUAUCUUUGCAACCCAACGUAACUUAUCUACCAUACACAACUGAACAGAAACACCCAGAAUCAUGUGACAUGCAGGCUAACUAGAAAAGCAAGACGAGGUGGGUAAAAAUCCCAAGCUGUUUAUUUGAGUGAAGCAGCAUUUGAUAUGUUAGUUCUCAAAGUGAGAAAGAAAAACAUAAGGUACUUUUGUCAUACAAACUUGGAUUGUCUAGUACUAACAUUGCAGUGAUUGCAUCAUGCCAGCGUUUGCCAAGUUGAUGCUGAGGCUCUCCAACACCGCAUGUUGUUUACAAAACUACAGUACCUUCUUAUUCAUGCCCUACUUUCGUUUAUGGCGUUGUCUAACUUGUGAAGUGUUGCCCCAGCUUCUGUAACACUCUAAUGCUCUUUGUAAGUUUUGUACUUUGGUCUUUGCUGCUAGUGGCUCUAGGCUUGGAAGGGAUGGGAAGGGGUGGGAGGGUUUUUUUUGCCAAACUGAAUGUAAAUGAAUUGUGGUUUGUAUUGUGCUCUCUUGCUGUGCCUUGAAGAAAGAUUUAAAAAAAAGAUCAAUUUUUUAAUGUCUGACAAUCCAGCAUGGCCUUUGAUAUGCUGCAUGGACUGGUGACUACAGAGCAGGAGAAUACAAAUUGCCAGAAAGCGCCAGUACAAGGUUUAUGCACACAGUUCUAUACAAUUAUCACUUUAGCCUGUGGUAUAUAGAUACCCACUGUCUCCACCAGACUUUACAUUGAAACAAGUAGACUAGAAAUACUCUCAAACAUCACAUCUAUACGCAUUCAGCCAGUUAUCAGUGCAUUCAGUAACUGAUAAAGUUACCCACCUACGCACAUACACUAACACACACAUAUGUAUUGAUGUCAGCAGACAAGCCGUACAAGAAGUACUUCAAGAGAUCCUGUCUGAAAAUUAAUUUGAAUAUUAAUUUCAUUUCUUAAUUUGUUUGUGCUAACUGUAUUUACUAGCAUCUGAUGUGUAGAAUUUGUUUUCUUUGCCUGGUGGAAGUUUGUGGAAUGUCUUAGGUAUGACAGGGAGCACAUUGGUGAGUUACUGUACCCGCUCUGCUGUAACUCACUGCACUACAGGAGCAGACCAUAAAACCGGCAGAAAAACCUA